GAGCGAGUCGCCGUUCCCCCAACUGACGCUCAAAUCUAUCAACCCAUUUGAGCAAACAUCGAUCUCUUUCUCCUACACGAGCAGGUCGGUGGUUGCAUUCUCCGUGCCGAGUAGUUGAGUGACUUGUCUCUCGCUGGGUCUUGAUGGCUUCCCUGUACGGGCUUCUGCACCGGCCCCUCUCCGCCGCGGCCGCCGUCGCCGUCGCCACGGCGCUGCCCGACCACGUCUUCUCCCUCUCCAAGCAGUCCGAGCCCGACGCCUCGCCUCCGGCUGUCCCGGCACCGUGUUCGAAGCCUGCAGCCUGUCGAACGUCUAUUUCCGACGUCUCGCUCUUGCUCGCCGAUAACAAGCGCUCCGUCCGCUCCUCCUUUACCAUUGCUUCGCCGGCUAUCUUACUCACCCCGUACCAGUACGCGAAGCUAGCUAACCCUCGAAAGAACGACGAGUCCACACUGACCCUUGCGUCUUCGCAACCGGAUGGUCUCUACCGAUGGCAUCUGCCCGACCCCAAAGCCUACGGAGUCGCGGAGAGGAACGGGUGCUCGAAAGCAAAGUCUCAGACUGCGGUGAUCUUGCUCGGGUGGCUUGGAGCUAAGCAGAAGCAUCUGAAGAAGUAUGCAGAUUGGUACACUUCGAGGGGGUUUCAUGUCGUCUCUUUCACGCUCCCCUUGUCCGAUAUCGUGAGCUACAAGGUUGGGGGCAAGGUUGAGCAGAACGUGGAAUUGCUUGCUGAGCAUCUGGUGGAUUGGGUCUCGGAGGAGAGUGGGAAGAGCUUGGUUUUCCACACCUUCAGUAACACAGGCUGGUUGAUAUAUGGUGUAUUACUCCAGAAGUUUCAGAAGCAGGAACCCUCCGUAAUUGGAAAGAUCAAAGGUUGCAUUGUGGACUCAGCUCCCGAUGCAGCGCCCGAUCCUAAGGUUUGGGCUUCAGGCUUUUCUGCUGCUCUUUUGAAAAAGAAGAGUUUAGCAACAAAGGGAAUGGUGAGUUCAAAUGUUACAGGAAGGGGCACGACAACUGCUGAUGGUUCAUAUGGGGAUCCUAAACCUACAGUCACCGAAACUGCUUUGUUAGUGGCCUUGAAGAAGUUCUUUGAGGUGGUUCUAGACUUUCCUACUAUCAACAGGAGAUUGUCUGAUGUGCUAAAUUUACUAACAUCAGAGCAACCAAAGUGCCCUCAGUUGUAAUAUAGCUCUGCUGACAGAGUUAUUCCUGCAAAAUCUGUGGAGUCCUUUGUAGAAAGACAAAGAAGAGCUGGGCAUGAGGUCAGGGCAUGUGAUUUUUUGUCGUCGCCUCAUGUUGAUCACUUCAGAAGCCAUCCAGGUCUCUACAGUUCUCAGCUUGUUAACUUUCUGGAGGAUUGUGUUAUCACUUGUUGCAGAGAUUCUUCAUAAAAAAGUGUUUUAUCAUGAUUUGUCUUUUACAUUGAUAUCAUUCUUUUCCUGGCUAUUAAUUUACACAUGCCAGGCAUCA